CCCUUCCGUUCCUAUUUCAGAAAACUGUGAAUUGUCGCCACUUCUCACUGUUCUGAUCGGCCGCUCUCUCCGGUCCUCAUUUUUCCGAUCAGGGAACAAACACCAUCUGUUUUUCCCCCCUCGCUAUCAGAGUGCCAACAGAUCAGAAAAAGCAAUUCAGUCAGGAUGGAUCCUUCUACGGUGCUCUUCAAUCAGCUCAAGGCAGCAGACCCAUUCUUCCUGUUAGCUGGUCCGAAUGUCAUAGAGUCUGAAGAGCAUGUCUUAACGAUGGCCAGGCGGAUUAAAGAUAUCACUUCAAAAGUUGGUUUGAAGCUUGUCUUCAAGUCAAGCUUUGACAAAGCUAAUCGAACAUCCUCAAAGUCAUUCCGUGGUCCAGGUCUAGAGGAGGGACUGAAGAUCCUUGAAAAGGUUAAGACAACAUUUCACCUUCCAAUAGUGACAGAUGUUCAUGAGGCAGCCCAGUGCGAGGCUGUUGGAAGAGUUGCUGACAUUAUUCAAAUUCCAGCUUUCCUGUGUCGUCAGACUGAUCUUCUUGUUGCUGCUGCCAAAACUGGGAGAAUAGUUAACAUCAAGAAGGGACAAUUCUGCGCUCCUUCUGUCAUGGUAAACUCUGCAGAGAAAAUCAGACUGGCUGGAAAUGAGAAUGUAAUGGUUUGUGAGAGAGGCACCAUGUUUGGUUACAAUGAUCUGAUUGUUGAUCCCCGUAACUUGGAGUGGAUGAGAGAGGCAAAUUGUCCUGUUGUUGCAGAUGUUACUCAUUCGCUACAGCAGCCUGCUGGCAGAAAGCUUGAAGGUGGUGGUGUUGCCAGUGGAGGUCUCCGUGAACUUAUACCAUGUAUUGCAAGAACAUGUGUUGCAGUUGGGGUGGAUGGGAUAUUUAUGGAGGUCCAUGAUGAUCCUCUGAAUGCUCCUGUUGAUGGGCCAACACAAUGGCCCUUACGCCAUCUGGAGGAGCUAUUAGAAGAGCUCAUAGCAAUAGCGAGGGUCAGCAAAGGGAAGCAGAAGAUUAAAAUUGAUCUCACACCAUAUCGCGAGUUUUGAGGACUCUAGAGGGCUGUAAAAGAAGGGCCAGUUUAAGGCAAUUCUAUUAUUGGAGGGUCUUUUUUGCAUAUGUUUUGAGCUUCAACAAAUUCUUUGUUUUUUCAGCCUUAAUCUCAUAUAAAACUGUUGUACGAACUCUGCUGGAUUUGCAAAUUUCUUUUUCACUUAUUUAUAUUUAAAAAUGAUGUUCUCUCUUUUCA